AUGAUCGUACCUAUCAUCAUUGCCGCUUUGGCUAUCAGAUCCGUUUUUGCAGACACAUAUAUCGGAUGCCUGAAUUCAGUUAGUAGUUAUGAAGUUACCCAGACAUCUCUCAGUCUCGAUGGAUGCCAGAGUUACUGUUCGACGUAUACCUACGCAUAUUAUUCCAAUGCCGAUGGAACCUGUUACUGUGGGAACACAAAUCUGGCCGCGAGCGAAUUUCAAACUGCCCAAGACUCCAGCGGUACCUGUGCCUCCGAUCAAAUAUCAGCAUGGAUAAGUUCUACUCCAUUUGCUUUCCAAGGGUGUUCGACAGAUACAACCACCGGUGGUUCUUCCAGAACAAGUUUCGUGUCUUCCGUACCGCAAUGUUUCACCAACUGUGCUGCCUACCCGGUCAUCUCUUUGGGUCGUACGGGCAGUCUCGUUCUCUGUCAAUGUGCGGGAGAGUACAUCAGUACCACUCCGGCUACAUGUCAAGGCGGCAGCAGUGGAACCAGUGGCGAAUACCUUUACGUCCAAUCUCUCGAUGCUGAACCAACUGGAGGAAAUGCCAGAAGAGCACUGAAAAACCGUCGUCGUCAGAUCGAAGCUACAAAGUACCAAUACUGUCCUUCAAGCUUGACUGCCUGCGUGAUAGGCUCAGAUCAAGAUACAUUCGAGUGUGUGGACACCCAAGGUGACCUCGAGUCUUGUGGUGGCUGUAUGGGUGGCUUAUACGGGCCUACAGCCCAUAAUGCUACGUCUACUGGAGUAAACUGCUCUGCUCUUCCCAACGUCGCUCUCGGAGGCGUCACCUGCACUCGAGGUCGAUGUGAAGUUUCCGCGUGCAAGUACGGCUACGCAUUAGUAGACAACCAGUGUGUAAGAAUGCUUUAG